CACAAGCCAGCCGCCACUAACCACCACGGGAGGAGCCUCGCCCUGACAGACCGACAGGCCAUAUUUGGCAGGGAGCCACCGAAGGCAACCACGCCAUUUAUCCACCCGCCAGGGCAGCGACGCCAACAGCUGUCAACUGUAUCGUUUCAGUAUAUUGAAUAAGCGCGCAAUAGCUGCCAUGAACACCAUAUCGAUAUGAAUCCUCAGUUACUACAACUAACAAAUCUCAACGGACCAUGUCCCGGAAACUCAGGGUCCUGGUUUCAACCAUCUGCCUGUCCUUCGCUGUUGUGUCAAUUCUAAUCAGCGCCACUUAUCUUUCUGGCUCGUCGUCUUCGCGAGAGUUUGUUAAGUCAUGGGCGGGAAAACUGUCGCCAUCGUUGAACAGCCCAUCCUCAAAUUCCACAGCUCCCCAAGAUGCUAGUGGGAAGCCUGAUAAUGGCCUGGUCCCGGUCCUGCGAGAAGGCAAUGCAACAUUACUCGAAAUGGCCCCGGCCUAUAUCAAGUCUAUCAUGACGCCGGAGGACAAUACCAUCCCUCGAAUGGAAUGCCCAGCUACAGAGGGCAAACGAUACGACUACCUCAAAGCAAAGUCGGAGAAGCCGUUCUUUCGCGCCGUGCGACCAAAAUACUUCUUCGCCAUCGACCUACAUCAGUGUAUCGACCUCCUCCCAAGGCUAAUCAGCUCUGCCGUAGAAGCCAUGCGCUUCCUCGGUCCCGAGAACUGUGCCUUAUCGAUAGUAGAGGGCCGCUCUACCGACGGGACCUUUGAAAUCUUGAAGCUGCUGCGCGCAGAAAUCGAGACUAUGGGCGCCUCAUAUUACUUCAAUUCCUCGGAUCUGAACCCCACCUCUGGAGCCCGCAUUGAAAUCCUCGCUCAGCUACGGAACCUCGCCGUGCAGCCUCUGAUGGCCCAACCCGAGAAGUACGAUGCUUCUACGACAGUCAUCUUCCUCAACGAUGUCGCGAUAUGCAAGGAAGAUAUCCUCGAGCUCAUCCACCAGCGCCUGCACCAGUCCGCCGAUAUGGUGUGUGCCAUGGAUUGGACCUAUGUCGGCGAGCACCCUACUUUCUACGAUGUGUGGAUCGCGCGCGAUAUGGCCGGGGACACAUUCUUCAGUAUCCCACCCGACGGGAACUGGGACUCCGCGUGGAACCUGUUCUGGAACAACACGCUAGCGCGGGAGCGGUUCUUCGAGCACAAACCCUUCCAGGUGUUUGCGUGCUGGAACGGGGCGACGGCGUUCACGGCGAAGCCGCUGCUAGAGCUUGCGAUGGGAUUCCGUGGCCCGAAGCAGAAGGAGUGUUUCCAAGGGGAACCGGAGAUCUUCUGUAAGGAGCUGUGGAAGGCGGGGUAUGGAAAGAUUGCGGUGGUGCCGAGUGUCAACUUGGAGUACUCGAAUGAGCGGGGGAAGGAUAUCAAGGCGCUAAAGGGGUAUGCAUCGCAGUGGGUGGCUAAGGAUGGGGAUGAUCCGAAAGAUACGGCAUCAAAGAUCCAGUGGGUAAAGGACCCGCCGAAGCUGGUUAAGUGUAUGCCGAAUUACCAGGAACAGACAUGGGUGCCGUGGGAUCAGAGUUUGGCGUAAAAAGAGGUUACAUAGCAGGAUAUGUGUAAGACUAUUGGCACGGAACAA